AUGGCCUGGCUUGUGAAUCCGGCCUUGCACCUAUCUUUCCCAGUCAGUCACGGUUGGGAUCUUUCCAGGCAGAACCGCCGCAACCUUUGGGACCAAACAUGUCGGGGCAAUAUGGAACUGUUAAAGCCCCAGAAAUGCGCCUCUGUCGACGGCCACCCGCAAUGUGCGCCAUUACAAAAGCUGACUAACGGAACAACCCAUAUGAACGCAAGUCCGGUCACUCAAGACAAGGUUGUCUCGGACUGGUCAACUCAGAUGCCCCGGCGGCGGCAGCGAACUCCUCCCCGGCCGUCCGCUCGCGACAGCAUUGGAACCGCUAGGAAAGAUAAAGCCAACCGUGCCCAUACAAAGAAUGAGAGUUUCAAUCUCCCCGGUCCGCUAAGCAAACUAUCCGAGACAAUGCAUAUUCCCAUCCGAGACAUGCACUCUUGGGUGAAACGCCCGGAUAAGGAGCGUCAUCAGGAGGUUUCCGAAAGGGACGGGAGGAUUCCACGGCCGAUAGAUUCGUUCAUGUUGUACAGGUCGGCUUACACCAACCGAGCGAAGCACUGGAUCGAGCAUAAUGAUCACCGGAAAGUGUCCAUCGUCACCGGAAUUAGCUGGAAAAUGGAAACCCCGCAAAUCAGGACGGAGUAUAAGGAGCUCGCGAAGAUCGAGAAAAGGAACCAUGCUAGGGCGCACCCCGGGUAUCGCUUUCACCCGGGGUAUCGCUUUGGGGUAAAUAAACAGAGAAAGCGUUCUUCGGCGCCAAGAAAACAUUCAAAGAAAAAGACCCGGGACUUAUCCCAGCUGCUACCCAACCCAGGCCAGGCUUCCGAAGCCAGUCGGCUCUCUGCUCCGCUAGGUGAUGUCAGGCCUAGUGGCCACGUGACAGAAUAUCACAUAGCGGAACAGGGACUGCCCAUCGGGAUUAGCUCGUGUUGGACCACGAUCUUGGACCCAUCAUCGCAUAUCGGUGACCCUGCCUGCUGCGAAUGGCCCUCCUGUUCCCAGAAAGUCUCUAUCAGGCAACAUCCGACAAAGCCUAAGGAGGAGAAUGCGCCACUCAGACCGGCCAGCUUGCAGAACAUCCAGCCUUUUUUGACUGCCGCCCCGGGACAGCCACUAAUGUUGGACCACAGUCCGCUGCCACCUCAAACAUCAGACUCAGGAUCUGAAGAGGUCGAUAUCCAGUCCAAUUUGGAUUCUCUCUCUGUCCAGUACGUCACGUCCCCUGAUACAGUUUACCCAAGUGAACCGCAUGACUUGAACACCCUCAGCUGUGCGCAAGCGUUUGGAUUGUAUGCCUCCCACGGGUACAUUGAUCCAGCAUAG